AUGGGCAUUCUGCGCACUAACUCGUUUCAGGUGAUGUGGAGUGGGGACACCACUCCACUGACGUCCACGGCAACUGCCUUCGUAUAUACCAAGAUGCCCUUCUUCCCUUCCAGCUCUGCGGAGGGACCCACAUCUGCCACACCUGACCCUUCAGAGGAGGCACCUCCUUCGCGCAGCCGCAGCAUCUUCUCCCGCAACUCGCGUUCUCCAGAUUACCAGCCCUCGACCGCCGCCAACUCGACGCGCAGCGGGAACGGCAGCUCGCGCGGGUUCUUCAGCCAGCGACGGUCCUCGUCGUCCAACUCGGGCCAGGACCUGCGGAACCACCCAUCCAUCGUCGGCGCGCGCCAGAAGGUCGCGGACGCAGUGGCCGCCGAGCGCGAUGUGGACCAGGCGCUGCGGCAGGCGCGGGCGUCCGUGCGCGCCGCACGUGAGCACGUGCGGCUGCUCGAGCGGGAGGCCAAGGACGAGGCUAGGCGCGCCAAGGCAAAGCAGGCGGAGCUGGAGACCGUGAGCAAGAGCGCCAAGAACCUAGGCAGAUUCGGCUGA